AUGUGGGGUCGCGAGUGCGUGGUGGCGACUCCAGCCCUCGACGCCGUGCCCUCGCCGGACUUCGCAGCCUCGCUGCCCAGCGUUCCUGCCGCAGCAGCGCUGACCAUGGCAGGCGGUGCCGACAGCGAGGAUUGCUUGGAGUGCAAGCUCGUGGGCAGCGGCGCCAUGUUCAGCCUCUCGGGCUACUUCUUCUACCUGUCACACAGCCCGCGCUUCUCCUCGUCUUCGACCUCGGGUCUCCGCUCCUUCAAUGGAGUCAUGUGUGCUGCGUUUGCCGCCGCCGGUGUGGCGCGCUUGUUUGCGGACGACGUACGGAGAGUGUUGGCGAGACAGUGA